UAAAUUACAUAAGCUCAACUUAUAUAUUUUAAUUUCGAGUGUAUGUGUAUAUAAAAGUGUACAUAGUGUUUGUUUAAUUUAAUAUUUGGAUGCUGACGGUGGAUAAAAGCUGUACAGGAAAUCGAGAGAUGAAACGUAAAAGGUGCAGGUGUAACGUCGCUCAGUGACGUGUCCGGUGUCCGCAAUGAGCGCUGACGUCACCACAAUGCUUCACGUCCUCUUCUGUCUUCUUUCGCUCUCUCUGCACAGGAACUUAGCGUUCGUCCUCGACAAACAGAACCCAUACUCACAGUUUCGAAAAUGGAACGCCGGACUCAACGGAACUUUGGAACUCGAGUUCAAGACAGAUCAACCAAAUGGGUUACUUCUGUACACUGACGAUGGUGGAACUUACGACUUCUUUGAAUUAAAAUUGGUGAAUGGAGCUCUGAGAUUGAGAUAUAAUUUGGGUGGGGGAGCUCAAAUAAUAACGGUCGGCAACAAUCUGAAUGAUGGGCACUGGCAUAAAGUUCAGGUUGCCCGACGUGACGAGCACACGUCUCUUACGGUGGACGGCGUGACGCAGAGCAAGACGUCACGCGGCAAAGAAUACGUAUUCGGCAAGUUCGCCUCCAACUCAGAUGUCUUCGUUGGAGGCAUCCCGCCAUCAUACAACACAAAGUUAACGGCGUUAGCGCUUCCGUCCGUAAUCUUCGAGCCCAAGUUCCGAGGGUCUGUGAGGAACCUGGUAUACUCAGAUCUGCCCGGACAGCCACCGCGGAGACAGGAGCUGCGGCACUCCAGGGAUUUAAAGUCGUCUCGGGUGAGCAACGCGAGCGGUGACGCGUGUGAGCGCCGUGACCCCUGCCAGCACGGCGGGGUCUGCAUCAGCACUGACAACGGCCCCAUCUGUGAAUGCAGGGAUGAGGAUUAUGAGGGCGCCUUCUGUGAGAGAGACAAGGCGCCGUCGGAGGCGACGUUCCGUGGCGCCGAGUUCCUCUCGUACGACCUGACGCAGACCGGGGGCGAGCCUAUCGUUAGCGCGCAGGAUGCCAUCUCUCUGUACUUCAAGACGCGACAGCCUAAUGGACUUCUCUUCUAUACAGGUCAUGAAGCAGACUAUCUGAAUUUGGCCGUACGAGACGGAGGACUAUCACUGACAAUGGGCCUUGGCAACGGCAAGCAGGAGAUGCAUAUCAAACCGGCGAAAACGAGAUUCGACGAUCAUCAGUGGCACAAACUUACUGUAAGAAGACGAAUACAAGAGAUUACGCCGUUUACAAGCUUUUGUCGGGUGUCGGCUGUGGUGGAUGACGUAUACUCGGAACAUUCCCACGUGGCAGGCUCCUUCACAAUGCUGGCCAGCUCCAGGGCUCAUGUGGGAGGCUCGCUAAAUGCUAGAGCUUUGCCCGGUGCUAGAGUUCAUACAAACUUCAUCGGCUGCUUGAAAAAAGUGGAGUUCUCAGCAGAUACUCUGCGACUUAAUCUGAUAGAUUUAGCGCGCACGGGCAGCAAGCUGAUAGCUGUGACCGGCCGGCUGGAGUACGCCUGCACCGCUACAGACUCCGCAGACCCCGUUACAUUCAGUACGAGGGAUGCGCAUUUGAUUUUACCAAAAUGGGAGGCGGUGAAGACAGGAACGAUAUCAUUCAAGUUCAGAACGAAUGAACCGAACGGUUUGAUACUGUUCAACAUGGGCGCGAAGCCACCAAGGGCGGAUCUCUUCGCUGUGGAGAUGCUGAAUGGCUACAUAUACGUCCACGUGGACCUGGGUUCCGGCGGUGUGCGUGUCCGCGCCUCACGACGUCGCGUCGACGACUCACACUGGCAUGAAUUUCUGCUCCGAAGGACUGGGAGGGACGGGAGAGUGACUGUUGAUGGAGCUAACGCUGAGUUUAAGACGCCUGGUGAAUCUAACCAGUUGGAACUAGACGGGCCUUUGUUUGUCGGUGGCCUGGGAUCCGAGUACUCCGCGUCUAGGACUCCGCCUGCGCUGUGGACGGCGGCGCUGCGACAAGGAUUCGUUGGUUGCAUCCGAGAUUUGGUGCUCAACGGCAAACCACAGGACCUGACGGCUUAUGCGAGACAACAGGAUUCUGCGUCGGUGCGUCCAGCGUGCCACGUGCUGAUGAAACAAUGCGUGAGCUCACCCUGUCAGCACGGCGGAGUUUGCUCCGAGGGCUGGAACCGGCCGCUGUGCGACUGCUCCUCUACCAACUACGCCGGACCUACGUGUGGAAGAGAAUCAGCAACAAUGUACCUGAAUGGGAGCCAGCACCUGACGGCGGCGCUGGGGCCGGAGCACGUGACGCAAACGGAGGAGCUGAUGUUGCGGUUCCGCACGAGCAAGGCCGGCCUGCUGCUGCGCACCGCUGCCGAUCACUCCGCAGACAGGAUUGAGCUGGCGGUUGCCGCGGGCAGGGUGCGCGCCAGCGUUCGGCUCGGGGAUAGGGAAAAGAAUCUGUUAGCGGGUUCUAACGUGGCGGACGACACGUGGCACACAGUUCGCUUCUCCCGGCGCGCGUCCAACCUGAAGCUGCAGGUGGACGCGGGCCCCGCCGUGCGCGGUACGUUAUCUGAAACGAUUUUAGGUAAAGCAUCCACUUUAGAAAUCUCGACUCUUCACUUGGGAGGACUAUUUCAUCCCGAAGAAGAAAUACAAAUGACGUCAACUUUGCCAAAUUUUGUUGGAUAUUUACAAAAAUUUGUUUUUAAUGGUAUUAAAUAUAUAGAUCUGGCUAAGACCCUCGGAAUCGGAAGUUCCGAUGAAAACAAUAAUGUAUAUGAUACGUCCAAUAUAAUUUUUAAUGGAAAAUUUGUGAAGCCGGACUCUCUGAACGUUUAUAAGUCUGUGACUUUUAAAUCUAAACAUACUUACGUCGGUUUGCCGUUGCUAAAGGCAUAUGGGAAUACGUAUUUAGACUUUUACUUUCGGACGACUGAAAUGGAUGGUCUAUUAUUUUACAACGGAGGAAAGAAACAAGACUUUAUAGCUGUGGAACUAGUCAAUGGCCACAUACAUUGCGUGUUUAACUUAGGCGAUGGAGUGGUCACUAUGAAAGAUAAAUUGAAGAAUUUUUUGAACGACAACCGCUGGCACACGGUGUCGAUUCGUAGACCCACGCCAAAGGUACACACAUUGCAAGUUGAUGAGGACUUGGAACUGCAUACCACGAGUUCAACGUUAAUGUUGGAAUUAGACAGCGUGUUAUACGUAGGCGGUGUACCCAAGGAGCUGUACAGCGCGCUGCCGGUGGGAGUGCUGUCGCGGCAGGGCUUCGAAGGCUGCAUGGCCAGCCUCGACCUACCCGGAGAAUCGCCCUCGCUUAUAGAAGACGCGGUCGUGCCUAGUUCCUCUCUCGUCUCUGGAUGUGAGGGCCCAACAAAAUGCACACACAACGCGUGCGCGAAUAAAGGUGUGUGCGUGCAGCAGUGGAACACGUAUGUGUGUGAUUGCGAUCUCACCUCCUUCACGGGACCGACGUGUUAUGAUGAGUCGAUAGCAUACGAGUUCGGCCCGGGUCGGGGUGCACUAACACACACGCUGCCGCCACACGCGCGCGCCGACACUGAGGUGGAUCGCGUCGCUCUCGGCUUCCUCACCAGCAAACCAGAUGCAGUGUUACUGCGUAUCGAGUCCUCUAAUACACAGGAUUAUAUGCAGAUGGAGAUUAUCCGCGGCAACCUGUUCAUGGUGUACAACGUGGGUGGUGGUGAUCACCCACUGGGUGACGAGGCGGCGCGCGUCGACGACGGUGUCUACCACGUGGCCAGCUUCACACGUAAUGGUAGCCGCGCCGCGCUUCAGCUUGACAACUACGCCGUCAAUAUACGACAUCCGCAAAGCGGUCAACAAUCGACAAUAUUUAACAGCAUGUCGACAAUAACUGUUGGCGGGGGCCCUGGCGGAUCCAGAACAUUCAGCGGAGUUGUAGCUGGGCUGGUCGUCAACGGCGUCAGAGUACUGGACCUGGCCGCCGCUGGUGACCCCUCGGUUACAUUGAGAGGAGACGUGAGGAGGGCUCACACUCCACUGGACAGAGAUAUUAACAGAAUGCAGCAGACGCCGCCGUCAGGGUACGGUGGCGGCGCGCCAGACGAGCUGGUGUACUCUGGCGCGGGCUCGGGUUGCCGGGACGACGACGAGGACGCGUGCGCGGCGCCCGACCCGGCCGGCGACGACCUCAUCACGCCCGUCUAUGUGCCCGCCACCCGACGCCCGCCUACCAAACUACACAAGGGUGACCAAAGCGGAAAGCUGAUGAAGCCUUGUGAUGAUGAAGACUGCAUCGAAGGCUCAGGUUCCAAUGGUGAAGAUAUUACAGAGCCUGAACAUCCCACCACAAGUUCUGGAACAAGCAGCACUCACAGCCUCACAUCACCAGCCACUGCAAUAUCGACGGAGCACGUAGACAAGACACUGCCGGGAUCGACAACGGGGGGCACGCGAGGCACGGGGGGCACGGAGAGCACGGCCACCCCCGCGCCCACUGCACGAGACCACGACAACAUGCACGCGCCCACUGUCCACUCUACUACCACUGAUAGGAAGACCACGCCCACUGAUGAACACACUCACACUGGUCAUUUUACACCUACAAUGACUGGCCGACACACCCCUGAAACAACGCUUACAACGGAAGAUACCAACCAUAUACCAGAAUACGAAGACCGACGUGAGAACGAGAUAGAUAUACGCACGCCUAUUUACGAAGUGGGGAGCGAAAGAGACAGAGUGCCGGGGAGAAUACACCCGGAUUACAAUGGUUACGAGCACGAGAUUACUACCAAGUGGUACCACCCGAAAACUACUGACAGUAGGGUUGUCCCUCCGGAGUCAGAGUUCUUUGCCACAAUAGUUGGGAUAGUAGCGUCGGUGUUGAUCGCAAUAAUACUGAUAGUAAUCAUAGUGCUCAAGUACUAUGUGUUCAAGAUCGACAACUCAUAUAAAGUGACGGAAGACAAAAACUACCAGCAAGGCGCCAGCGCGGCUUUGCUCGGGAAUCAGCAAGCACACUCGAGCUAUCAAAGUGCAUCAAAUGGCAACGGCAGCGGGGGCGCGUCACGCAAUCUGCAGCCGUUGCCGCUCAGCCGCAGCGCCGCGCCCGCCGCCCCUCUACCCGCGCACCCAGUCAAGCGGGACGGCAUCAAGGAGUGGUACGUGUAAAUGGACCGUAUAUAGAACGACUUAAGAACAAUUUUCCUCUGCAUUUUGUGACAGCUUCGAGAUAAAUUAGAAGAGUCCUUUUCCAAUGAACUUUUAUUUUGUGAGAGCAUUUUUAAGAGUCAAACUGUCUAUUAUUUAAAGCUGUACUCUGUGUUAAGUCGUUCCAUGAGGCUUUGUAAAUAAAUUGUGGUGGUCAAACUGAUCUCAAAUUGAACUCUGUAUUUUUUCCGCUAUUUUGUAAUUUUUAUUACUCAAUUUUGUUGAUUAUCUUUCUUAUUGUUAUGUUUAUUAUGUUUGGGACUAAGGGAAGAAAAUGAUUGAAAAGCAAAACGAUAUAAGAAUGAUCUCGUUAGUAAAGGAACAUAUCAACAUGUAAUGGCUUGUAUCUGAUAAUAGCAUAUUUGCUUAACUAAAUUAAAUUUUAGUAUUUAUCUGUGAAAAUUUUGAUUCACUGUAUCAGUUAUGAUAUUUAAUUAGUUACUAUUUCCACCAUUACUUACACUGUGAGUUCUUUUGACUGUUUCAUGAUAAAAA